AUGAAGAAAAGCAAAGGCCCAACAGCCGAUGAGAAGCAGCAAGUGCUUGACGCACACCUCCGGGGCGACGACUGGAGCCUUGUCGCACAGCACAAUGGCAUGUCCUAUGCCACGGCAUGGAGGAAGGUCACCGCGGAGAUCCUCGAUGCGCUCGAAAAGUACCUAGACGAAAACUGUCAAUACACCUUGCGCGAAAUGAAAAGUUUCAUUGAGGCGGAUAUCAACGGCACGAACAUCUCGGUCCAGACAAUAAGCCGCCACAUUUUGGGCAUGCUUUACACAGUAAAACAAGUGCGCAUUGAGCCCGCGGCAUGCAACAAUGACGUCAACAAGCAAAAGCGGCGUGAAUUUGCUCUGAAGCUUAAGCAGCACCAAACCAAAGGAGACUAUAUU